GAUGAUGAAGGGAAAGUCUCUCCUCAUCGCCAAAAUUUUGUGAGUUCCGCCCGCCGCCUUACACACCUUUUCUCCAAGCCGCUCGCUUCACCCGGGGUAUGGAGAGGUGAGGAGAGGCGAGGUUAUCGCUACCGAUGGACUUCGAUGAGCAGCAUUGCAUGGACAAGCUCGCUUGAUCACGCUGCCGAAACCCUCGAGCCUGCCGUUGAGGGUUGAGCCAGGUUGCAUUCAAGGACUUGUGCCAGAGCUCGCACUCACAGAGACCAAGCACUAUGUCGCUUCCAAAGGUAUUGGCGCAAAUCCUCUUCCAAGGAUCAGUAAUUGUCGGACGAGCAUUCUUAGAGGCUGGGCGGCAAGCAGCACGGAAUGCGAGAGCAGGACAGAUGGAGGCAGCGGCGGGGGCAGCCGGAGCCGGAGCCGGGGCUGGGGGUGCAGGGGGUGGGAGCAUAACGGAUCAGAUUACGCGAGCUCAUAGAAUGACGAUGGACGAGGCCAAGAUGAUUCUCAACUUCAAAGAGGAGAGCAAAGCGCUUGAGCUACCGACAGCACAAGAGGUAGAAGCAAUGAUCAAGUCUUACGAACAUCUCUUCAAGACAAAUGCACCACCCGCGCCGAAAGGGCAGACGGGAGGUGGCGCAGGCAGCUUCUAUAUUCAAAGCAAGGUCGUACGCGCUCGUGAGAGAAUAGAGGCCGAGUGGGAAGGGAUACGCCGGAAACAGCAACAGGACGCCGACACUACUCCUGAGCCAAAUGAACAAGGACCAGCGAAUCCUGGCAACUCGCCACCUGGACCAGACCGGUAAUGAUCGAGUGAUUUGUAAAUUUACCCACGCUGGUGUCUAGAUGUCAUUAAUCUGCUGUAUCAUUGCACUGCAUGCAUGCAUUCUCCACUGCUCACCAAGGCCCGACCCACGUCGACUGAUGAUGAAUCCAUUGCAAAGCGGCAAAGUUAAUGA